AUGUCGGAUGUUGAUGAAAGUUUAAACGCGUCUUAUGAGGACAUUUCUGAAUCUGUUGUAAAUAUCUUAAAAGAACAUCUACGACAUCUCAGUUUAAUGCAUUUAAAUACCCAGAGUAUGGUGUCCUCCUUCAACGAGUUCCAGGUCUUUUUAUCUCAGUAUCCGAUGGAUGUUAUCACUAUGAGUGAAACGUGGCUCAAGGAAAAUCCCGCACUUUUAGAAUACGUUUCUUUGUUCGGUUACGGAGCAGUGUUCCGAAACCGUGACAAGAUCCGUGGGGGUGAUGUAGGAGCAUAUAUUAGCAACUCGGUCAAGUACAAGCGAAGAAAGGACAUUGAGAAGCUUCAACCAAAUAGAAUACGUUUCUUUGUCCGGUUACGGAGCAGUGUUUCGAAACCGUGA